AUGGAGGAUCGUAGGGAAGAUAGUCGUGAAGGCGCGUCGUCGCUUCGACCCAAAUAUAGUACCGACAAAGGGGAUUGUGUAAACAGCAAGAUUCAAACGACACUCUCCCCAUCGUUCAGAUCGUCAUUGGUUGGCUUUCAGACGUCGGAUGGCGAUGGAUUCUUGCUCUCGUAUUACGAGGCUGUCAUAUGCAGCUCAUCAACGCUGCUGGACAAUGCACAUUACAACCCAUAUCGUCACAUUAUUUUGCCGAUGACUAUGUCCUCCGAGAGUAUGUAUCACGCAACGAUGGCUAUAUCCGCGCAGACUUUGGGUCUCUCCCGGCCUGGUUAUCGCGUGGCAGCCCUCGAGCAUGGGCAAAAAGCAACCCGUUUCCUGAUCCGAUCGCUCCAAAGAGAAUCGCACUCACGUAUCGAUGUUGACGAGGUUUUGGGAUUAUCGUUACUUCUAUGCUGGUAUGAAAUCACGGACGGCAGCCGACCUUCAUGGUUGACACACCUACAUGGCAUCCGGGCCAUUAUCGAUCGAUAUUGUCAACCCUCACGACUUGGCACUCGCAGGACAAGUCUGCGCCUGUUCUUGAACCGAUACUUUGCUUUUCAUUUAGUCCUCGCGCGGACUGCCUUUCAUGUCGACGAUGACUUGUUUAACAACCCAAUUUUGACAUCCCCUGAACAUGGUGGUGAUAGUUCGACGGAAUGGUUGUCUGCGGUCACCAUAGAGCCAUUGUCCAAAUCCUCAAACAUCCUUUCCAUCCACAUGCCAUUGGAUGAACUACAUGAGAUCGAUCCAUAUAUGGGAUUUAGUAAUUCACUACUUCUAUUGAUCAAUGAAGUAGCUGAGCUGGCGAGAGAAAGCGGUGGAAAACACAUCGACUUGAAUCCAGAGGCUUUUCAGGCCAAAGUCUUUCGUUUGAAGAGGUCUCUUGAAAAUCUGCAGCAACAGCCUCCAAGCCACCUAGAUACUUACCUUACGAUGGCCCCAGUCAAAAAAGAAGCAUCGAGUAUCGUUGCGGAGUGUACGAUCAUUGCUGAAGCAAACCGAUUGGGAGCUCUUCUUUUCCUGCACGAGAUUUGCUCUCACCCAAACGCCGAUGAACACUGUGUGGCGAAAUUCCCUCGCCUUUCAGAAGACGAUAAGUAUCGUUAUGUCCAAGACAUAUUAGGGAUAUUACACAAGAACCUCGACUGCAUGAUUCGCACAGCGGCACUUCCACUGUGGCCACUUUUUCUAGCGGGCUGCUGUUGCAAAACCGACGAGGACAGGAUCACCGUCAUGGAUAUUUUCCAGCAGUCAGAACAGCCGAAACGCUUUGGGAAUAUCCAACCCGCCAGGGAAGUGGUGGAAAUGGUGUGGCGCCAACACGAUCUGAGCGUCCAAGAUGAUCGCAAAAGACGCCGAACGAUUGCGACUGCGGGGGGACUUAGCGGCACUAACAAGGACCCUGAAAAAAGUGCAAGGCUUGCUCCUCGAUCGAGUACUCAAUGCUCUGAGCGAUUUGUAUGGGAGCAAGCCAUGCAAAAGCUCGGCGGGUGGAAGCUUAGCCUGACGUGA